AUGGCUGCAUUCUUUCCGCCAUCAUCAGCAGAACUUAGAAAAGUUAAAAAGGUUCAGUUUGGUAUCCUCAGCCCAGAUGAAAUUAGAAAUAUGUCAGUUGCGCGUAUUGAACAUCCAGAAACAUACGAAAAUGGCAAACCAAAGAUUGGUGGUUUAUUAGACCCAGCUAUGGGUACAAUUGAUAAAACUCAAAGAUGUCAAACUUGUUCAGGUACAAUGGCAGAGUGUCCCGGCCAUUUUGGUCAUAUUGAAUUGGCUAAACCUGUUUUUCAUAUUGGUUUUAUAGAUACAGUAUUAAAAAUUUUAAGAUGUGUUUGUUUCCAUUGUUCAAAAUUAUUAACUGAUACAAGCGAAUAUUCAUUUAGACAAGCUUUAAAAAUUAAAAAUCAAAAACAUAGAUUAAAUGCAGUUGUAGAAAUUUGUAAGAAUAAAAAAGUGUGUGCAAUUGGUGGUAAUGAGGAAGAGGAAGAACACGAUCUCAGUAAAACAGAUGAAGAAUUAGAUAAAGCAGUUAAGCAUGGUGGUUGUGGUAAUGUAUUACCAAAGAUUACCAAAGAAGAUUUAAAGAUUAUUGUAGAGUUCAAAGAUGUUACAGAUGAAUCAAUUGAAAAGAAAUCAGUUUUAUCAGCAGAACGUGUUUUAAAUAUUUUAAAGAGAAUCAAAGAUGAAGACUCAAUUGCAAUGGGUAUCAAUCCAGAUUGGGCCAAGGCCGAUUGGAUGGUUGCUACAGUAUUACCAGUACCACCACCACCAGUUAGACCAUCAAUUAUGAUGGAUACUUCAACAAGAGGUGAAGAUGAUUUAACACAUAAAUUAGCAGAUAUCGUCAAAGCCAAUAAAGAAUUACAACGUCAAGAAAAGAAUGGUGCUCCAGCACAUAUUAUAACAGAAGCCACACAAUUUUUACAAUUUCACGUUGCUACAUAUGUUGAUAACGAAAUUCCAGGUCUCCCACAAGCUCAACAACGUUCUGGUAGACCAUUAAAAUCAAUUCGUCAACGUUUAAAGGGUAAGGAAGGUAGAAUUAGAGGUAAUCUUAUGGGUAAACGUGUUGAUUUCUCUGCACGUACAGUAAUUACUGCCGAUCCAAAUCUUUCAAUUGAUCAAGUAGGUGUUCCACGUUCAAUUGCACUCAAUCUUACUUAUCCAGAAACUGUUACACCAUUCAAUAUUGACAAGAUGAGAGAGUUAAUUCGUAAUGGUCCAAAUGAACAUCCAGGUGCCAAAUAUAUUAUCCGUGAAGAUGGAACUCGUUUCGAUUUACGUUUUGUUAAAAAAGUUAGUGAUACACAUUUAGAGUGUGGUUAUAAAGUCGAAAGACACAUUAACGAUGGUGAUGUAGUUAUUUUCAAUCGUCAACCAUCUCUUCAUAAAAUGUCUAUGAUGGGUCAUCGUAUCAAGGUUAUGCCAUAUUCAACUUUUCGUUUAAAUCUUUCUGUAACAUCACCAUAUAAUGCAGAUUUUGAUGGUGAUGAAAUGAAUCUUCACGUUCCACAAACUUUAGAAACUCGUGCCGAAGUUAUCGAAAUUAUGAUGGUACCACGUCAAAUUGUUUCUCCACAAUCAAAUCGUCCAGUUAUGGGUAUUGUACAAGAUACACUUUUGGGCAGUCGUCUUUUCACAAAGAGAGAUACUUUUAUCGAAAGAGAUUUAGUUAUGAAUAUUUUAAUGUGGUUACCAUCAUGGGAUGGUAAAGUUCCACCACCAGCAAUUUUAAAACCAAAACAAUUAUGGACCGGUAAACAACUUUUCUCACUCAUCAUUCCCGAUAUCAAUUUAAUUCGUUUCACAAGUACUCACAAUGAUAAAGAACCAAAUGAAUGUUCUGCUGGCGAUACAAGAGUCAUCAUCGAAAGAGGUGAAUUGUUGGCUGGUAUUCUUUGUAAACGUUCUUUGGGUGCUGCUAAUGGUUCAAUUAUUCACGUAGUAAUGAACGAACAUGGUCAUGAUACUUGUCGUCUCUUUAUUGAUCAAACUCAAACUGUAGUUAAUCAUUGGUUAAUCAAUCGUGGUUUCACAAUGGGUAUUGGUGAUACUAUUGCUGAUGCUCAAACAAUGGAAAAGGUUACUCUUACAAUUUCAUCUGCUAAAAAUCAAGUAAAAGAAUUAAUUAUCAAAGCUCAAAAUAAACAAUUCGAAUGUCAACCAGGUAAAUCUGUUAUGGAAACUUUUGAACAAAAAGUAAAUCAAGUAUUAAAUAAAGCUCGUGAUACUGCUGGUAGUAGUGCUCAAAAUUCACUUUCAGAAGCAAAUAAUUUAAAGGCAAUGGUAACUGCUGGUUCAAAAGGUUCAUUCAUUAAUAUUUCACAGAUGAUGGCUUGUGUAGGUCAACAAAAUGUCGAAGGUAAACGUGUACCAUUUGGUUUCCAAAGUAGAACAUUACCACAUUUCACUAAAGAUGAUUAUGGUCCAGAAAGUCGUGGUUUUGUAGAGAAUAGUUAUUUAAGAGGUCUCACACCACAAGAGUUUUUCUUCCAUGCUAUGGGUGGUAGAGAAGGUCUUAUUGAUACUGCUGUAAAAACAUCAGAAACUGGUUAUAUUCAACGUCGUCUUGUAAAGGCUAUGGAGGAUGUAUCAAUCAAAUAUGAUGCCACUGUUAGAAACUCAUUGGGUGAUGUUAUUCAAUUUGCUUAUGGUGAAGAUGGUAUUGAUGGUUGUUUUGUCGAAAGUCAAAGUAUCGAUUCAUUAAGAAAAGACAAUCACGAUCUCGAAAGAAUGUAUAAACAUAUGGUUGAAAAACCAGACUAUGGUGAGGGUUGGAUGGAUCCAUUGGUUAUCGAAUUGGUUAGAGGUGAUCCAUUAAUUCGUGAUACAUUAGAAAAGGAAUUUGAACGUAUUAAAUCAGACCGUACUCUUAUGAGAAACGAAAUUAUACCCACUGGCGAAAACAGUUGGCCAUUACCAGUUAAUCUUCGUCGUUUAAUUACAAAUGCCCAAAAACUUUUCAAUAUUGACAUCAGAAGAGUCAGUGACUUAAAUCCUGCUUUUGUUGUUUUAGAAAUAGAAAAAGUAGUUUCCCGUUUAAAGAUUAUUGCCACCGCUGAUACUACUGAAGAUGAUGAAAGCUUUAACCGUGCUUGGUCAGAAGUAUAUCACAAUGCCACUUUAUUAUUCUCAAUAUUAGUACGUAGUACAAUGGCUAGUAAACGUGUUUUAACCGAAUUCCGUUUAACAGAAAAAGCUUUCCUCUGGGUUGUUGGUGAAAUUGAAAGUAAAUUCCUUCAAGCUCUUGCACACCCAGGUGAAAUGGUAGGUGCUCUUGCAGCUCAAUCUAUUGGUGAACCAGCUACUCAAAUGACUUUAAAUACUUUCCAUUAUGCUGGUGUAAGUAGUAAGAAUGUAACUCUUGGUGUACCACGUCUUAAAGAAAUUAUUAAUAUUGCCAAACAAGUUAAAACUCCAUCACUUACAAUUUAUUUGAAGCCACAUAUCGCUCGUGAUAUGGAUUGUGCUAAAACUGUAAAGUCACAUCUCGAAUACACCACAUUGGCUAAUGUUACCUCAGCUACCGAAAUUUAUUAUGACCCAGAUCCAGAAAAUACCAUUAUCAGUGAAGAUGCUGAGUUUGUAAAUAGUUAUUUUGAAUUUGGUAUGAAUGAAGAUGUUGGUGUCGAACGUAUGUCUCCAUGGCUCCUUCGUAUAGAACUAGACAGAGGUAUGGUAACUGCAAAGAAAUUAACAAUGGCCGAAAUUACCCAAUGUGUAGUCAGAGAUUUUGGUCUCAAUUUAAAUUGUAUUUUUAGUGAUGAUAAUGCCGAUAAACUUAUUCUUCGUAUUCGUAUGGUCGAAAGUGAAGAUAUGAAAACAGAAAAUGACGACGAUGAUCAAUUCCUCCGUCGUAUCGAAUCAAAUAUGUUAAGUGGUAUGGUUUUACGUGGUAUCAAGGGUAUCAAGAAGGUAUUCAUGCGUACUGAUGACAAGAUUCCAAAGAUUUUAGAUGAUGGCAGUUAUGGUAAUCGUGAAGAAUGGAUUUUAGAUACUGAUGGUGUCUCAUUACUUGAAGUAAUGAGCCAUCCAGAUGUAGAUCAUUCAAGAACUACUUCGAAUGAUAUCGUAGAAAUUAUUCAAGUACUUGGUAUCGAAGCUGUUAGAAAUGCACUCUUAAAAGAACUUAGAGCUGUUAUUUCUUUCGAUGGUUCCUAUGUAAAUUAUCGUCAUUUAGCAGUUUUAGCAGAUGUUAUGACAUAUAGAGGCCAUCUUAUGGCUAUUACCCGUCAUGGUAUCAAUAGAGUCGAAACUGGUCCAUUGAUGAGAUGUUCCUUCGAAGAAACUGUAGAAAUUCUUAUGGAUGCCGCCAUGUUCUCCGAAACUGAUGAUGUUAAAGGUGUUACUGAAAAUAUUAUUUUGGGUCAACUUCCACCAUUAGGUACCGGUAGCUUUGAAGUUUAUCUUAAUCAAGAUAUGGUUAAAAAUGCUCACUCUAUCGCUUUACCAGAACCAUCUGCCAUCUCCUAUCCAGAUACACCAGGUAGCCAAACCCCAUCAUAUUCAUAUGACGGUAGCUCAACUCCAUUCCAUAAUCCAUACGAUGCUCCAUUAUCACCAUUUAACGAAACCUAUCGUGGUGAUUUCUCACCAUCUGCUAUGAAUUCACCAGCUUAUAAAGGUGGCUAUGGUAGUAGUUAUUCAUAUUUCCCACAAUCGCCAACUUAUUCACCAACCUCACCAAGCUACUCACCAACUAGUCCAAGUUAUUCACCAACCUCACCAUCAUACUCUCCAACUUCACCAUCCUAUUCACCAACCUCCCCAAGCUAUUCACCAACUUCACCAUCAUACUCUCCAACUAGUCCAAGUUAUUCACCAACCAGUCCAAGCUACUCCCCAACUUCACCAUCAUACUCACCAACUAGUCCAAGUUAUUCACCAACUUCACCAUUUUAUUCACCAACUAGUCCAAGCUACUCACCAACUAGCCCAAGUUAUUCACCAACUUCACCAUCAUAUUCACCAACCUCACCAUCAUAUUCACCAACCUCACCAAGUUAUUCACCAACUAGUCCAUCAUAUUCACCAACUAGUCCAUCAUACUCCCCAACUAGUCCAUCAUACUCCCCAACCUCCCCAUCAUAUUCACCAACUUCCCCAUCAUACUCCCCAACUAGUCCAUCAUACUCUCCAACUUCGCCAUCAUACUCCCCAACUAGUCCAUCAUACUCUCCAACUUCGCCAUCAUACUCCCCAACUUCACCAUCAUACAACCCAACCUCACCAUAUUCAUAUUCUACUUAUGGUAGCAAAGGUUCAUCAAAUAAUAACAAAAAAUAA